AUGAAGCUGCCACGUGAAGCCCCGACGCUGACGAAGCUCUGCAUCAAGUCGAUCGCGCUCAACAUCAAUCUGUGGUGCCAGGGCGUGGAGGAGUUCCACCUCGAGCGUUGCCGCUACCUCCUCACCGCCUUUGACGAAUACACGCUGCCCGACCACCUCGCCCUGCAGAUCCUCAACGCCCUCGCCCUGCGCAAGAAGCUCACCCUCUCCAACUUCGUCAUGUUCCUCAACUCGUCCCUGGUCCAGCUUGAUCUGCACGAGUGUGGUGGCUACAUCACCGACCACUUCAUCAGACAGGUGGCCAAGCGAGCCCAGCGCAUUCGCCGGCUCAACCUCGCGACGUGCUUCAAGAUCACCAACCCGGCGGUCCUCGACCUCGCGCGUCGGCUGCGGUGUCUGCAGUCCGUGGACCUGACUGGUUGCAACAAGCUGCAGGACAGCGCUCUCGAGGCCAUUGCCGAAAACACUGGAAUCACAAGCCUCCGUCUCGGUGCGGUGACCAAGCUGGGCGAUAGCGCAUUGCUCCGCGUGGCUGCUCGCCUCGCUGGCUUGGAGGAGCUCGAUCUCACCCACUGCCCGCGCAUCACCGAUCGAUCGGCCACCCAGCUCUUUGACCGCUGCCCGCAGCUCAAGACCCUAAGUCUUGGCGGCUGCUGGGAGGUCAGCGACACUUCAUUCUCGCGCAUCAAGCUGCAGGUCAACUUGGAGCAUCUCGAUGUGGCCGUAUCAUUCAUUGGCAACGCAGGUCUCCAGGCCAUCAAGGGGACCUGCAAGAAGCUCAAAUAUCUCAACCUCGAGGGCUGUGCCAACAUCACAGACGAAGCAUUCCUGGACGACACGCCUUUUGGGGAGCAUCUCGAAACGCUCAACCUCGCUGGGUGCUCGAACAUCACCGCGCGAGGUAUCAUUGGCCUCUUCUUAGACCAGAUUUCGGCGCCCGAAAGUCUGCGCACACUCCACUUGCCGCAAACACUGACCGACGGCGCGUUCAUCUUCAUCACCAACCAGCUGCGGCACGUCGUGUCGUUGAACAUCGAGAGCUGCACGGAGUUGACCGAGAAGGCGUUCAAGUCCUACCCGCUCAUUGCGCUGGAUGAGGUUCGUGCGACUCCUCGGCGCCAGCGGGCUGCGGAUAUCAACAAGAUGAGCGAGGACAUCGAUAGCGGCGAGAUUCCGGGCGAUCUCUGCUUCCCGCUGAUGCCCCGUCUCAAGAAGCUCAACUGCAAGGGCUGCGAGAGUCUGUCCGACGUCGCCCUGGCCUGUUUGGCUGGCGUCGGAGAUGAAGAGAAACACGAGGUGGCGCUGGAGGAGUUGAUCCUGGAGGGCUGCGAGCGGGUCUCCGACGACGGGCUGCACCACCUCAGGCAAUGCGCCAAUCUGCGCGUGCUCGACCUCUCCAAGUGCCUGAACGUCACCCACCUCGGCGUCGAAGACCUCCUGCAGGGCAAGCAGCCGGACAACGAUGACGAGCAGCAACCAGAGCCGAGCAACCACACAACGAAGAAGAAGAAGAACGCGAAGGGAAAGAAGGUGGAGGAGCAACCACGGCUGAUGGUGGAUGAGGAGGGCGAGCUGCCGUGGGUCCUGGUGGGCGCCAAGGCCGGCCAGGCGCUGGCGGCCCAGGCCGCCGGUCAGCGGCGCAAGCGCAACAAGAACCGACGGAAGAGGAAGGGCGGCGGUGCCCAUCAUCGGACGAGCAUCACGCAGCUCAAGAUCGGCGGGUGCACGCAGAUCAGCCGUAUCGAGUGGGAGGAGGCCAAGCAGCACUUCCCCAGCGUCGCCAUCGCCUGGCACUAA